UUUUGCAGGAGACAGUCGAGUCGAGAGUAGCCAAACAUUUGUAACAAGGAUUCCAGUUGUAGUGUCCCCUAGUGUGUGACAUUGUCCAGUGUAUAUGGCAAGUAAUUUAUACAAUAAUUUGUAAGACCAGAAAACAGAGAAAAGGGAAAGAAUAUUAUGGGAAUUCAUACAGUUAUUGUACAGUAUCUACAAGAAAAAAGGACUACUCCUUUUCAUAAUUCUUAAUAGUGAUUUUGUAUUGUGAGCGCAAUUUUUUUUAUUGAAGGAAUAUAUUGUGUUUCUUCACUAAGUAACUGUCAUAUGCUUUUGUGUAAAUUUCCCAUAGUAUAUAUAAGAAUUAAUUUUCACUAAACUGAAGAAUACAAGUUGAUAGCAUUCAGAUAUGGAAGAACAUUCUUAUUCUGCAAAACUCCCCACCACUAUUUGUAAUUCUGACCUUAUGCAUAUUUUCAAAAAGGUACAAGGUAAUGUGUUGGCAUUGCAUGAAGAAAUUUGCAAAAUACUUCAAAUAGAAAAGGAGGCUGUAACUCCUAUGAGCUUAUAUUCCAAAGCAAAACGAACUUUAAUUGAACUUAAAAGACUGAGUAAAUUAACAAAUAAGGACAAGUAUAAUGAAAAAUUAAAGUUAGAAUUUAUUUUGCCCUCUCGGAAACAAAAAGGAAAUGAAGUGGACAAACCGCAACAAAAAAAUAAAAGUCAGAAGGUUGAAUGCCAUGGUCCUUGUCUAAGUUGUGUGAAACUGCAAAAAGAGAAUGAAAAAUUAAAAAACAGGCUUAAGGCUAUCAAUGUAAAAGUGCUAAAUCAGAAACUUAAAAGAAAUCAACGCACCAUUCAAAGAUUACAGACCACAGCCAUCGGUCUACGUACAAAAUUAUUUUUGUCUGAGAACUCCAAAGACAAGCGGAAGAAAAAUGUUUCUACCAUUGGUACCCAAUGCAACACAAUCAAAUCGGAGGUGGAUAACCUUAAAAAAGAAAUAAUGAAUUUAGACGCAACUUUGCUAGACAUGGUACAGGAGAACGAAACUCGAAAAACAAUAAGUUUCAGACACCCGGACUCUAGAGGCAAUCCGUAUGAUCCCAGGUUAAUGCAACUCUUGCAUGAAUUAAGAAGAAGAAAAAUUCCAGUUCAGCACAUCAAUCCUAUUAUUAAAGAGGUGUUACAUUUAGUGGAUGUCAGCGUAGAAGAAUUGCCACACCCAUCAACUAUUGCAAAGAUAAAACCGAACGAGACUCCUGAACAUCAGAACUCAGUUGUAAAGACUCCUGAACAGCACGCGGCACAUUUACAUAUCUCUCCGAUCAGAACGCAGGUUUAUGAAUAACUUGAGCAUUCGUUUCACCAGAUUGUAUGUAUCCAACAUAAAAUGAUACAUUUGCUUUAUAACAUAAUCUUUACUUAGUCUUUGUGUUUUGUUUCAAACGUUUCCCUUAAUAAUAACAAGAUAUAAAUUUAUUUUGUUCUGACUUAUUUUUAUUGUUUUGCUAAAUCUUGUUUAAUUUCCUGUUUUUCUUGUAAUCUGUUGGUUAUG